CAAGCGAGGAAUGAGGCAUAUUCAUUCCCAGAAGUCGUUAAACCAAAUGAGGUUAAGGCUCCGGUUAUAUAGAACUGUGUGUGCUCUUCAGAACCAUGAGUCCACAUGGACGUGAGACCAAAGCAGAAUUGAAUUUCGUUCGUUGGUGAACUGCAGCAGGGCUUUUACUAACGGGCUUCCAUCCAUUGGAGGUCGGACGAUGGGAAACGACGCCACCGGACGGGAGGAGAGUUAGACUCUCGGCUGCGAUGGGGGUUCCAUCGGGCCUAUAAAAGUUAGUUAACUUAGUUGACUUAGCAAGGGGAAACGGUCGGCUUAUGUCAUCAGCCCUAGCCACAUCCUCCCAAUCGGGCAAUUUUGACUCCAUCGUGCGAAAAAAUUGCUCCAGGAGUCAGGAUAGUCGUUGGCCAUGCUUUGUCUUCCCAGCGAUCAUGAAUGCUCAAUAUCUGUCUCAUUAUCUGUCACAAGUACUGCCCCCCAAUCUUGAUCAAUAAAAGGUAGAUCGGGUUUAUUGAAUUAGUCCACGUGGUAGUUCCCAGGAGCGGCUCCGGUUGUUAUGAACAAACCAAGGAUCUAGCCAACUUUGACGCUGGCCUGUCAAAAUUCCAGAUGCAUGAACCGCUGCUUGAAAGGCCAAGGCAUUAAAUUAAAUCUCUAGAACCCAGUAUCCGAUAAUAUCGUUCAAACUUUGCCGAGUACCCAACCUAGCUGAAUUCACUGCCAGGAGGAACUAAUAGUUAUCAAGGAGCAGGGGCUAGUUGAAAAGCCGGACAUGAUUUCUUCGUAUGGGCAAUUGUCGAUGUCCAAGAACUUGGGUCGACCGCCAAAAUCCUCGACUAUUGCCGGACCCCUCCCAAUAGAAUUUGGCAUUUCCCUGGUUUUCGGGUUUGCUACCCACGAUAAAAAGAUGUCAGACAAACAACUCAGCGGCUCAACAGAAGGGGCCUCCUAUGAGGACACGAAAGGAGGCACCAUUCAUCAAUCCCAUCAAGGUUCCGCCUCCAUAGUGCCCAUUCUUGCGUAUCGCAAGGCCGGCGAAUCCCAUUCCUCUUGGGCUUCUCGGCUUCGCGACGACAACAUUCGUUCUGUCGUUACACCAGUGCGCCUUCCAGACUCUAAUCCCUUGGGACGUGUCGGCCCUGACGCAGCGGUUUUUGGUUUAGCAUUCUUCUUCGGUGGCAUGUCACAGAUCAUUGCUGGUAUCAUGGCAUUCACUACCGGUAAUACAUACGGCACUACAGUCCAUAUCUCGUACGGGAGUUUUUGGCUUAGCUAUACGAUGUUUCUGAUUCCUUCCCUCGGUAUCAAGGAUGCAUAUGCAGGCGACCAGCGCGCUUUUAGCUUUGCGCUGGGGAUUUACCUGGUCUUUUGGUGUUUGCUGACCUUAAUGUUCCUUGUCGCCUCAUUGAGGACGAAUUACGCGACCCUCGGUGUCUUUGGCCUGCUUGUGCCUGCCUUCUUUUUCCUCGCGCUUGCAAAUUUCCUUCGGACUACCCAUAUGGACCAUGCUAUUCGGUUGAACAAGACUGGAGGCGUAUUUUCAUUUUUGUGCGCCUUUGUCGCCUUCUAUGCAGGUGCUGCUGGUUUAAUGGCGCCGGAAACAACAUUCGUGCACUUGCCGUUGGGCGAAAUGGCACGUCCCGACGAAAGUUCUGUCGCAUAA